GCCGUGAAUUUGCCUCGCUGCUCUCUUUCGUCCUCUAUUUACCCAGGGAAAGACACGAAAGGACAUCAUGACAGAGAGCGAAGCGAGCACGUCUACGCAUCUGGCCGUCGACGCAGGCCUUCUCUGCUCGACGGACUCUUCGAACCUGGACGCUUCGCAGUACAACAGCACCUCCGGCCGGGAAGCCUACCUCCUGGGCCGGACACUGGCGAGCACGCAGGCGCUUGUCCGAUCGCUGUAUGCCCUCCCCCGCGUCCAGCACCCCGACCACGGCCCAUUGGCCUCGCUUCCGCUCCCCACAUACCCGUACCUACCGCGCGAGAAGCCGCUGCCGAAGCCGCGCGUCGAAACGAAAUGGGAGAAGUUUGCGAAGCGCAAGGGCAUCGAGAACAAGAAGCGCGACAAGCUCGUCUGGGACGAGGAGCGCAAGGAGUGGGUGCCCCGAUGGGGCUACAAGGGCAAGAACAAGGACGUCGAGGAGCAGUGGAUCCAUGAGAUUCCUGCAUCAAAGGGCGACGACUUCGAUCCGGCAAAGGAGGCCAAGAGGGCAAGGAGGCAGCGGACAGUGCAGAACGAGGCGCAGAGGCUCAGAAACGUGGCGAGGGCUGAGCAGUCGUCGGCCAGGGCAGCACCGAGCGUCAACAAGGGUCAGACGGAGUACCAUACCCCGCAGGCUGCCGCCAAGCGCAGGGCCGAGCGCGAUGAGCGCGCAAAGCAGCUCGACCAGGACGUGCGCAGAGGCAAGAUCAGCACCGCCAGCAUGGGCAAAUUUGACCGGGCACUGCAGGGAGAGGAGAAACAAAAGGGCCUCAAGCGCAAGUUUGAACCAAACGAGAUCGACACGAAGCAGGAGAGGGCCUCCCACCUGCACCUGCUCAACAAGCUGGGAAAUGCGCCGCCCGCGACAAAGUCCAAGCAGCCAAAGACGAGCGACGAGGUCAACAUCCGAAAGGCUGUCAAAUUCGCAUCCGACGGCAAGGGCCAUACCGCCUUCAACAAGGGAGGUGGCAAGGCAGCCGGAAAAAAGGCGCGGAAGUAACAGUCACAUUGUCAUCUGCUCAAUUGGAAACGAAUUAAUCACAUGCAUACC